GCUUAAAAUCCAAUUCAUUUCCCUCCAAUUUUAAUUUUUAAUUUUUCUUUCUCAGAUCAUUCAAAAACCACCUCCCAAUUCUCAUGCUAUUUAUUUCCAACACCGAAUCCCUCUCUUCCCCCACUGCCGCCACCACCACCACCACCGUUUUCUUCUCCCCAAAUUCCCCAAGCUUCUCAAGCAUCCAUGGCUGCUUUUAGGUCCUCUAUGUCCUUGAGCUCCAUAGAAGGACACAGUAAGGCAGCUGGUGAGAUUCAUGUCAUUAUGGGCCCCAUGUUCGCAGGAAAAACCACCUCUCUCCUCCGUCGUAUCAAGUCUGAAGGCAACAAUGGCAGAAACGUGGCGAUGGUAAAAUCAAGCAAGGACACAAGAUAUGCUAAAGAUUCAGUGGUGACUCAUGAUGGCUUGAAAUUUCCUUGCUGGGCAUUGCCUGAUCUGGCUUCUUUUCAACAGAAGAUUGGGGAUGAUGCUUAUCAAAAGAUUGAUGUCAUUGGUAUUGAUGAAGCUCAAUUUUUUGAAGAUCUUUAUGAUUUCUGUUGCAAGGCUGCUGAUCAUGAUGGGAAAACUAUAAUAAUAGCAGGUCUUGAUGGGGAUUAUUUGAGGAGGAGCUUUGGUUCUGUGCUUGACAUAAUUCCGCUGGCUGAUACUGUAACCAAGCUAACUGCAAGAUGUGAACUUUGUGGAAAACGAGCUUUCUUUACCUUAAGGAAGACAGAAGAGAUACAAACAGAAUUGAUUGGUGGGGCAGAUGUGUAUAUGCCUGUGUGUCGCCAACACUAUGUUAAUGGACAAGUAGUGAUGGAAGCUGCAAGGAGUGUCCUGGAAUCAUGUAAACUUCAGUCCGAUUCCCAAACUGAUAUUGCUCCUGCAGUUGUGUAGUUCAAUUUCUAAAUCCUUAACAGCUUAUUAUGUCUUGGUUUUCUAUUUUAUAGUUUUACACUAUGAUAAUUUUUACUUGUUCUUUUUUUUUUU